CUCCAAGCUUCUUCAAUGGGGAUUUUGCGAUUGCACGAGACAGAUAAUGCGGAGAUAGAAGAGUUCCGCCGUAUGCUGCUGUCUUGUGCCGCUGGUCACCGGAGAAAGGACGGUGACGAUUUGAGAGACAAUGUUCCUGUGAUCUCCGGAGCUGGAAACGAAGACGUACUGGAGAAGUUAGUGUGUGUCACCAGCGGCGUUUCGUACCUCGGUAUUGCUAUUGUGAACCAGCUUCUUGUCCGUGGUUACUCCGUGCGGAUCAUUGUUGAUAAUGAGGAAGAUGUGGAGAAGCUGAGGCAGAUGGAAAUAUCAGGUGAAAUGAGACUUACCAAUAGUAUUAUUGAAAUAGUCAUGGCUAAGCUGAAUGAAAUUGAAAGCUUGGCCAAUGCGUUUGAUGGUUGCCGUGGCGUGUUCCACACUGCUGGCUUUAUCGACCCUGCUGGGUUAUCUGGCUAUUCGAAAGCCAUGGCUGAGAUUGAAGUGAGUGCAAGUAAAAAUGUUGUGAAGGCUUGUGGGGUUACACCUUCAGUUAGACAUUGCGUACUCACAUCCUCACUUUUGACCUGCAUUUGGCGAGAUAACUCUUGUAACGGACUCCCUUCCGUAAUUGACCAUAGCUGCUGGAGUGAUGAAUCCGUCUGCCAAAACAAAAAGCUCUGGUAUGCUUUGGGAAAGUUGAGGGCAGAAAAAUCUGCUUGGAAAGUUGCCAAGGAGAGCGGUGUUAAACUUGCGACCGUUUGUCCCGGGCUUAUCACCGGACCAGAUUUCUACCAUCGUAGUCCAACAUCUACAAUUGCAUAUCUCAAAGGUGUUCAAGAAAUGUACGUGAAUGGCUUGCUAGCAUCUGUUGAUGUAAAUAGGUUAGCAGAGGCACAUGUAUGUGUAUUCGAGGGGAUGAAAAAGACAGCAUCCGGGAGGUACAUUUGCUUUGAUCGAAUAAUAGGAAGUGGAGACGAGAUUGAAAAUUUGGCUAGAGAGACGGGCAUAAACUCAAGCACAAUAAUUGGGGGCGCGUCAAGUAGCAACAGAGCUCGGUUUGAAUUGUCAAACCAGAAGCUUUUUCGGCUGAUGUCAAGAACAUGGAGAUGUUUUAAUGAAUAACUGGUAAAUUAUUGUUCAAAAUUGGCUUUGAUCAAGAGUCGAAAGAGUAGGUACUUUCUGUCAAAUCCUUAAAAUCAAAGAUGCCUAGUGAAGUUUUGAAUGAUGAAUGUAAUACCGAUUAUUAUUGUGGAUUUGUAUUCAACUUUUUUGGGAAAAAAAUAGUAUGGGACAGCGUUAGUGGAUUAUCUUAAAUUUUGGGCAGUACUGUGAAUUCUAAUUCAACCCCUGAACUAGUAUGAUUGUUCAAUUUGGUCACUGAA